AUGAAAGUAACACAAAAGUGUAAGAUAAUAUUCAUCCCUUAUCCGGCGCAAGGCCACGUGACCCCAAUGCUCCACCUCGCGUCAGCCUUCGUCAGCCGUGGAUUCUCCCCUGUCGUUAUGACUCCCGAAUCUAUCCACCGUCGGAUCUCGACUACUAACCAGGAUCUGGGGAUCACGUUCUUGGCCUUAUCUUAUGGUCAAGAACGUCCGGACGCACCUCCCUCGGACUUCUUUUCGAUAGAGAAGUCGAUGGAGAACAUCAUGCCUUCCCAGCUUGAACAGCUCCUACUGGAAGAAGACUUUGUGGCUUGUGUUGUGGUUGAUUUGUUGGCUUCGUGGGCUAUAAGAGUGGCUGAUCGGUGUGGAGUUCCGGUCGCUGGUUUCUGGCCUGUGAUGUUCGCUUCUUACCGUAUGAUCGAAGCCAUACCGAAGCUCGUACGGAAAGGCAUAGUUUCCCCAAAAGGCUGUCCUCGUCAACCAGAAAAACCGUUACUCCUACCGGAGCAACCGCUCCUAUCCGCCGGAGAUCUAUUGUGGCUCAUUGGAACUCCAGCAGAACAAAAAGGGCGAUUCAAGUUCUGGCAAAGAACCCUAGAACGAGCAAAAAGUCUCCGAUGGAUCUUGGUAAACUCUUUCAAAGACGAAUAUGAGGAAAAUGAGUAUAACAAUAAAGAAAACAAUGGUCGAAACCCUCAAAUAUUUUACGUUGGUCCAUUGCAUAACCAAGCAUCAACAAGUAACAUAACUUUAACCAAGAACCCUAGUUUUUGGGAAGAAGACAGAUCUUGCCUUGGUUGGCUCCAAGAACAAAAGCCAAACUCGGUCAUUUACAUCUCAUUUGGAAGUUGGGUUUCCCCUAUAGGAGAAUCGAAGAUAAAAAUGUUGGCAUUGGCGUUGGAAGCGUCAGGGAGACCUUUCCUUUGGGCGCUAAACCGAGUUUGGCAAGAGGGACUGCCACCAGGGUUCGUGGAUAGAGUCACCAUUUCCAAGAACCAAGGAAGAAUUGUGACAUGGGCACCGCAGAUCGAAGUUCUUAAAAACGGCUCUGUGGGUUGUUGCGUGACUCAUUGUGGUUCGAACUCGACCAUGGAGGCGGUCGCAAGUUCUAGGAGACUAGUGUGUUAUCCUGUAGCUGGAGACCAGUUUCUGAACUGUAAAUACAUUGUGGAUGUGUGGAAGAUCGGGGUGAGAUUGAGCGGUUUCAGAGAGGAGGAGGUUGCAGAUGGGUUGAGGAAAGUUAUGGAGGAUCAAGAGAUGGGUGAGAGAUUGAAGAAGUUGAGAGAAAGAGCAAUGGGUAAUGAAGCUCGUUUGUGUUUGAAUAGAAAUUUGACCCUUUUCAAGGAUGAGAUAAGAUGA